CCAUUGUGCUGUAUUGCAGCUGUCAUUGAUGGCGACAUCUCCUCGGUGUCUCUGAGCGACUACAAAGGCCGGUGGCUCAUUCUUUUCUGGUAUCCCAAGGACUUCACUUUCGUGUGCCCAACGGAGAUCAUUGCAUUCAGCGAUCGCGCAGAAGAGUUCAAGGAUCUCAACUGCGACCUGAUUGCUGCAUCAACAGACACAGAGGAGGUCCACCUGGCUUGGAUCAAGACACCUCGCAAUAAGGGAGGCCUUGGGCACAUGAAGAUUCCUAUACUGGCAGACACCAAGAAGGCAUGCUUCCUACUAUAUGGUGUGCUCAAGGAGGAUGCAGGCGUGGCGCUGCGUGGGCUGUUCAUCAUCAACCCCAAGCAGAACAUAGAGCAGAUCACCAUGAACAACAUGGGCAUCGGUCGCAACGUGGACGAGGCCAAGCGCCUCCUGCAGGCCUGCCAGUUCGUUGCAGAGCAUGGCGAGGUGUGCCCCGCUGACUGGCAGCCGGGCGGCAAGAGCAUCAAGCCCAGUGCAGAGGGCAGCAUGGACUAUUUCCAGGAGGCCGGCAAGGACACCAGCCACGAGGAGGACUUUGGCACCGCCCUGAAGCCCGUCAAGUCUCGCCAGGAGUUUGAGGAGCUGAUCCAGGGCGACAAGCCCGUGGUUCUGGACUUCUAUGCACCCUGGUGCGCCCUCUACCACGCUUGCUUCAGGGUCCCAGUGUUGUCCAUUUUCAAAUGCAUUUGUGAGGUCUUAAUAAAAGGGUGCCCAGGCAGUAUGAUAAUCAAAUCACAAAGGCGCUGA